AUGGCGCCCAGCAGCCUUGAUCUGGUCAUCACGACCGCCCUGGAAGGACGAAUGAAGGACUUGCGGACCCGCCAGCGGAUUCUCCGGGAUCUUCACACCAAAUUGACUGAGAACGUGGAGGAGUUGGUGAUCGCAACGGCGAGGGAUGAUCGCAUCUCCCGCGAAGAAGCCCAGGUAGUGGUGUCCGCGGGACUCCUUGAGCUUCGUGCCCACUAUGAUCGACUUGACCUCAAGGACGAGUUGGAUGAAGAGUAUAGCAUCGCCCGGAAGGAAUCUCGUCUCAAAAAAAGAGUCCCGUCUGGCAUGGUGUACGUGAUUCCCGAGGCCUAUACCACCUUCUUCAGCAUCAUUACCGCGCUCUCCGCGGCCAUCGCUGCCGGGAAUUGCGUCGUGAUAGAGAUGCAGGAUAGUCUCGCUCGCAGUCCCCGAGUGCUCCGCCGAUGUCUUCAAGAGCUACAGCAGUACACUGACUCUGUCACGACUGUCUCCCAACGACCGGGACCCGAAUUCUUGCGCCACUGUCUCCUUGUCGAACAGGCGGUGGAGGAGAAAGUCUCCGCGUCAUCCGAAUGUCUACGCGUGUUACCCUCCAUUCGUCGGAGGACCGUGGCCAUUGUGGAUCGGACGGCGGAUGCCAGUGUAGCGGCCAGGGAGAUCGUGGCAUCCCAGCUCCUGUUCCAGAGCCAAGGCAGGUACUCGGUUGACCAGGUGUUUGUGAAUGAGUACGUCCUAGAUGACUUUUAUAGUGCCCUCACGCGAGAGGCUGCGGAGAUUGCGACGCGCCUCGCCACCAGGGUUUCAAAUUUGAAAGACCGUGAUUCCAAAGGGGCUGUCAUAGGUCUGCAGAAGCCUGAGUUUCCCGUUCUUCAAAUAUCUGACAGAUCCGAUUCCCGCCUACACCAAAGACAGCACCAGCGGGGCUUCAUCAUCCACAAGGUGACUAGUCUAGACGACGCUAUCGACACGGUCUGUGAGGGCCGUGCAGCCGGAGCUCUCUAUCUCUUUGCAGGGUACGACGAAGCAAAGUAUCUGUCUCAGUACAUUCCCUCGCAAGCCACCUUUGUCAACCACAUUCCCCCGGAACUGCAAAUUGGUCCUGCCUACCCGGAAGGUUUCGAGACGUCGGUUUCCCUGCGGUAUACACGAGAGAUGUUUGAGACUCCGCGGCCGGAACGGGUGGAUACUGGCAAGGUUCGACACUCAAUCACACUUUGUGAUCAUAUCACCGCGGGCAAGACGUCGGCAAUCGUGUCUCGGGCUUGUCAGCCACUCAAAGCGACGGGCCAAGGAAGAGCGGGGGCGAUGGAUUUCUUUUUGCAGGGCAUGAUCUUCAAUUUGGUCACUUGUGUGCUGCCCUUAACCGCGUUGUCGCUGUACGCGACUAGCAAAGGCAUCGGGAUGCUAUAUCAGCGGUUUUUGAAACUCUAG